AUGGAAAUGCAGCAACAAGGCGACACUCACAGCGUUGAACCUUGUGACGUGUGUGGUGACGUUGGUUACCCUGAAGUAAUUGCUGCUUGCACCAAAUGCAAAGUAGCUCGUGCACAUGUUUACUGUAUGAAAGUUUUUCUUAAAAUGGUUCCUGAUGAUUGGAUUUGUGAAACUUGCGAUUCUGGGAAUGAUACAGUGUCGUUAAAAUAUGCUGAAAACAAGAAUUUCUCAAGAGAUCCAGGAUUUGAUACUUCUGAUAUAGCUGAGCAUGAGAAUAUGCACUCAACCAGUCCAUGUAAAAUGCAUAAUUCUGGCUUGCAAACUUGUUCUAGAAGCCAAAAAGUCGGUGGAACUGGGAAAGUGAAAUUCAUUCCCGAGGAAGAAGCCAUUAGACUUUGUGGUGGUAAAGUGUCCUCAAAAUCUUUUCCUGCGAAUUCUUCUAUGCACAAGAUGUAUGGGCAAUCAAAAAAUAUCAGUGCAAAGGUUUCAUCUAUGAAUGUGAAGCCUACUUCCAUCCCACCACCUGUGGGACAUGGGAAGCUUUCUAGACACAGUGGAGCUCAAAAGACUACAAUAACUAAUCAACAAACUAGUCAUUCGUUGGCGAAAGACUGGUCAAGGGAAUGUGAUUGGAGAGACCACUCCUCAAGUUUCAUCAAACCGGUCAACAAAGGCGAAACUUUUAGAGCAAAUGCACUUAAAGGUGAUGAUAAAGCAUCGUAUUCUACACAAGCAAGCCCUCUUCCAAUUAGCACUGAAGCUGCAGCUGAAACCCUAGAUCAGGAGUUGGAGAAGCUUACAGAAAAGGAACCAUGUGCAGCUUCACAAGUGGGAAGAUUUUCACCUCUUGUUCAUCCUUCUGAAAUCUUGGAUCAGCUGGUAGAAACACCUAACAAGAAGGAACCAAGUGCAGCUAUACAAGUUGGGCAGUCUUUGCCUGUUGUUGAUUCAGGUGUUGUCUGUGCUAAUGGUGAAUAUGAUAGAUCUAAUGUUGAUAAGAGAGACCUGGGGAGCAUUCAGAUGAAUUUUAUGCUGUAUCGCUGCUGCAUGCCCUCUUCAUAUGCUGCCUGGAAGGGCGGAUUUAAAUUUCAAAACGCUGCAUUGCGCGAACUUUAUGAUGGAUUGGAGGCUUUUCCUCCAUGCACUGUUCAUUGUAAAGCAUUCUAUUAUGCAUGCAAACUGCCCUCAGUUGUUGAGGUGCAACCCCUACCUAUAUCCAGUUUCUUGAUAGAUUUGUUCCAGAAUGACUGUCCGGGACUUCAAGACGUGGCAUUGUACUUUUUUCCUUCAGAUAACUGUGAGAGGUCUAGACAGGACUUAAAUGACAUAUUUGAGUUCUUGGAUGCCAAAAACGCUAUGUUGAGAGGCGUUGUUGAUGGAGUGGAGUUGUUGGUGUUUACUUCGAAACAGCUAAAUGAGGACUCCCAGGGUAGUAUUGAAAGAUUAAAUGCUAAGAAUUUCCUGUGGGGUGUCUUUCGCCUUAAAGAAGGUAGAGCCAUUGAAGAGUUAACUGACACAGAGGCUGUUGACAUGGAUAUUGACAUGGUUGGAGGACAGGAUGUGUUGGGUAGAGUUGACUCUGUUCAGAAUCGCAAAGACAAGCCCGGAAAUUUCUCUAUUAAUUCUGGGGAAGGGAUAAUACUUCAGAAGACCUCUGAGAAGGCUAAAGAUAAUAAAAUAUCUUUGCCUACUGAUCUUCGAAAGAAUAUCAAAACAGAGUUUCCUUUUGACAAAUUCCCAUUGAAGUGUACCCAGGAUUAUGAUAAAAUUAUGAACACAAGGUGUGCCCCACCGGGUUUUGAAGGAGUCCGUGAACUCAAUGGUUCGAAACAUCCGAGUCUGAAGUCAGAGAGCAUCGCUUCAGUUGAGAAUCGCAGAGACAGACCCGGAAAUUUCCCUAUUAAUUCUGGUGAAGGGGCGAUACGUCAGUACACCUCUGAGAAGACAGAAGAUAAGAAGACCUUAGUCACUUCCAGUGGUUCGAAUUUGAAUGUUAGUGAUAAACCAUCUUUGUCUGCCGAUCUUAGAAAGAAUAUGAAAGUAGAGUUUCCUUUUGACAAAUUUCCAUUGAAGUCAGUCCAGGAUUAUCAUAAAAUUAUGAACACAAGGGAUGCUCCACCAGGUUUUGAAGCAGUCCAGGAAGAAAGUUUACAACAUCCGAGUCUGAAGUUAAAGAGUGUUUAUGACUUGUAUGGAAAUGUCAUCAGGUAGUGAUACUCAUUAGCUCAGAGAAAGCCCCCUUAGCUUAUACAACAAAUCUAAUGCAAGAGAUGUACAGAAACCUGCUGAUUUAGAUGAUAGUCGCACCGGAAGCUGUCCUGUUUUAUUAUGAAGGGUAGACCUUGAGGUACGGCUUUUAAUCUGAAUGGCUUUUUAGCUUGUAGAGAGAAAGAAGAGGUAUUCUGGAAGUAGCACUGUGGUCCAAUGCCCAGGCUGAAGUUCAGAAUGGUGGAUAUAGACAAGAAUUAACCCACGAACAAGUACAGAAAAUGCUUGCUAGCGCUCAGAUUUAUCACAUAGUUUGUCAAUUAGUUUUCAAAAACCAUUUCAAUCUUAAUGCUACAGUGUGUAAGGUUUAUUGUAAAUGAAGGGACAUUACGCGAUGCACAAAA